GUAUCGUUUGGCUGAACUGAAUAGUUACAUUUUACGUUAAACGGAAAAGGUUAGAGUGGAUUUCUCUAAAGAGACAGCGCUUUGUCUUUUCAUUACAUCUCUAUUUUAAGCAAUUCCUAUAUCUUUUCACACCAUUGUUGAUGUGAUAUUUCAGGGAGUGACAUCGUCCUCACCACAACAACGGUCGAGAAACUGGUGACCUGAGUGAACAAUGAACUGAGGGCAACCCCCCCCACCCCACCCCUACCCCUCCCCCCACCCCCCUCUCCACCAGCUCUAGCAACAGACAACCCUCUGGCCCGUCACCCCAGACCUGGGCAGAGGAGUGUGUGUGCGCACGACUGCGUGUGUUUUCUGAGGCUGCCCGUGCUCCAGAAAGAGCUAAUAGGCUAACCUUCCCCCUCACCUGAGAGGAGGCCCUUCUGACCUUUGACCCUGUUUGACUGACCCCAGCCAACAGUCACCACCACCACCAGGAAGCAUGGGGAGGAAGAAGAUUCAGAUCCAACGGAUCACCGAUGAGAGGAACAGACAGGUGACGUUCACCAAGAGGAAGUUUGGCCUGAUGAAGAAGGCGUACGAGCUGAGCGUGCUGUGCGACUGUGAGAUCGCCCUCAUCAUCUUCAACCACUCCAACAAGCUGUUCCAGUACGCCAGCACCGACAUGGACAAGGUCCUGCUCAAAUACACAGAGUACAACGAGCCCCACGAGAGCCGGACCAACGCUGACAUCAUCGAGACGUUGCGAAAGAAAGGCUUCAGCGGUUGCGAAAGUCCCGAGCCGGAAGGAGAGGACUCCAUCGACCAGAGCCUCCUGAACGACGACAAAUACCGCAAGACCACCGAAGACCUAGACAUCCUCUUCAAGCGCUACGGUGUCAGUUCUUCAGUCCCGCCCCCCACAUUCUCCGUGCCCGUCACCGUCCAGGCCUCUAAUCAGAACGCAUUGCAGUUCAGUAACCCCGGGAACGCCAUGGUGACCACCUCCUACGUGACGUCGUCAUCGCUCUCUGACAACCACCACCUGUCACCCCAGCCACCGGCGCUCCAGAGAAGCACAGGAUCUCCCGGGUUGCCACAGCGACCGGCCAGCGCAGGUGCUAUGCUCGGCGGUGACUUGAACAACUCAAAUGGCGGAUGCCCAAGUCCAGUCCCUAAUGGAUACAUCAGUGCCAGGGCCUCCCCGGGGCUCCUCUCGGUGUCCAACGGCAACAGCCUGGGGAAAGUAGUUCCGGCCAAGUCCCCACCUCCGCCUCAGAGCCCACAGAUGGUCAACAGCCGCAAGCCAGACAUCCGGGUAAUCACCACUCAGGGUGGGAAGAGCCUGAUGCAGAUGACAGAUGAUGAGCUGGAGAUGGUGAGCGAGAAUGCCCAGCGUUUGGCCGGUGCACAAGUGACCCAGAUGCUCACCACACCGGUGGUCUCCGUGACAACGCCCAGCCUCCUGGCGCAGGGGAUGCCCUUCUCCGCCAUGCCGACAGCUUACAACACAGAAUACCAGCUGACGAGCGCUGACAUCACCGCUCUCCAUGCCCUGGCGUCACCAGGCGGCCUGCUGCAAGGCAACGCGCCAUGGCAACAGUCUUUAUCCCAGCAGCAACAUCAACAACAGCAACAACUUAGUCUGGCGUCGCUUAGCAACUUGGUCAUGUGGGGCAUGGACAAACAGAGCGGGGAAUUGUCUAGCCAGAUCUCCAGUCUGGCAGCCAAUCUGAGCGCCUCGCAGUCCAACCUCCUCUUGGGUAGAGAUGAGUGGUUGGGCCGGCCGGUGGGCCACAUACCUCAGGGCGCCAUGCUGACUGUCAACACCAACUCCAAUGUGAGCAUCAAGUCUGAACCCAUCUCGCCCGGCCGAGACCGCCGCUCACCGUGCCCCCCGCCGUCCUCCUCUGGAGGGGGCAUCCAGACGACCGUGCCCCCGCCACAGUACCCUGGUUCCCUACUGUGCCUGGAGCCACCAACCGGCCGUUCCCCCGCCCACAGCCUCAGCAGCAACGGCAGCUCCUACGAGGGCAAUGACCGGGAUGACCCUGGGGCAGGCGGCGGCAGUGCAACGGGCAACCGUGGCCGUUCGCUGCCUCCUGACUUCAGCCCUUCGGUGGAGCUCCUGCGGGCCCAGAAUGAGGUGGAGCAGGAGGGAGCCAACAUCAAACGCAUGAGACUCGACGCGUGGGUCACAUAGAGGCCACGCCACCAAUGUCAUCGACCCCUGAAGCACCCCGAACACAGACCCCCCCCCCCACUGACAUUUGCCACCCACCACCACACCUUCCCUGCCUCCUAUCCAACCACUUACCCAGCUGCCCAGGACUCAGGGCUUGCGUUCCACCUGAAGGGAGGAUGGUGUAGUGUGUUGGAUUCUGAAUGGGGCGGCGCAAUGAAUAUGGGGGACUUGAGGAUAGUGGAUGGAUUUAAAAUGGAACAUUCUCAAACGUUUCGACUGCUCGUUGCUGUUUAUGCCACUUGUAAAAGGGACUAGAUUCGUUGGACGACAGUCGACACGUCACGUAUUUAGUUUGAGCACGACUGUAUCGGUAACAGUAUGAUGGGUGGCUUUAUGCUGUGUUUGCUCAACAAGUGCUGGUUGUUUUCACCGUGGGACUUGCUGCCAUAUUGACUGUUCAGUUCUGUUAGAUAUAAUUAGCAGUUAGCAGUCUGUUUUCCAGGAAGCCCCCCCCCCCUUCAAAAUGCACUUUGGGAAUGACUCUGUUUUGACGAGCGCUGUUUGCGACGAUUGCUGGCUCUGCUUCAUCGGUGGCACUGAGCGAAGAGACCCAGACGGGCAAAAACAGGAUGUUCGGUCGGUUAGGGAUACACAGGAAUGGAUCCUACCGCUGCCACCAAUUUCCAACGCCCAAGCCUCAGGUGGUGGCACUCUGCGGUCAACUGGCACUGUCAGCCAAGGCCAAAAUGAGCCCCUUACCAGAGUGCCGAUAUCAACCUCUUCUCCUAAAUGCCAAAUGCGGGUAGAGGGACACUGAAGAAUAUUGUUCAGUUAUGACUGACAGCCUCUAUGAAACAACAGUAAACACUCAUAGCCUUUGUCUGCCCUCUCUCUGCUCAGAUGCAUUUGGAGUCAUCAUCACCUGUUUCCAUUCUGAUAUUGAAGGAAUUGUUGAAAUCUUUGUUGCUCCAGAAAUGAGGUUAGAUGCAGGGAUACGCAUCAGAGGACUUCUAAAGGCUCAUUCUACUAGUAGAAGACCCCAAUGCAAUGCACAUUUUAUGUUUUGUUUUGGACUUCUGGUUGCUCUCUUUAGGGAAGUAUUUGGUAUGUUGGCAUUUUAGACCUGUUGUUAAAGGUUAAAACUGUUUAACUGUAGAUCGUUUUGGGGGAUGAAGAGUUAAACUUUGUAUAAAAUCACCCAUUAUCUAAAAGCGUUAGAUGUUCCCUUAGCUUUCUGCAACUCUUUGCAAUGUUUCAAAAGAGCUGUUACAGCAGAAUUCAAAAACACAUAUUCUAUAUUUCUAUAGCUUCAGUUGGCUUUUCAAUACGGACGAUGUGUGUAAAUAUGAAUAUAUUUGCAUAGACUUUGCUAGGUAUCCCUAAAACAAACAAUGUGGUCAUUCUCUCAGUGGAUCUGUUUGCAUAUGAGUGUGAUUGUAAUUUGGAGCUACGAUGCAGUAGCCCGGGGAGCUUGUUUCAGUAACCUAAUACAAUGCUAGUGUUGAUGGUGUGCACGUUUUCUCACUCGCUCUUUAGAGGCCUGCUUGGCUACAGUGUCAACAUGUCCUUUGGCCUCACGCUCUGAACCCAAUCCCCUAUUAUCAAAGUCAAAUGAUAGACCACUAUAACACAAGUGAUAGAAAUGAAAUGGAUUCUACUAUUGAAAGGAGCACAACGUGACAUUUGCAUUGAAUCAUGGCAUUCAGUCUUAAAACGAUCUAACUUUGAACUACAGUAUACACUAAGGUUGAGCGAAAACAAAAGCGACUUUAUUUAAAGUAAUUUGCCGAUUUAAAAAAAAUAUAUAUUUUAUUUUUUUGAAUCAACUUUCUCCCAUAUGAAAUCAUGUUUUCAUAUGCUUCACACUCUGCCGUGAGCUUGGUCAAAUGGACUUGUCCUAUUUAACAAUGUAAGUAGGUGGUGUUGAUUUCUACAAAUGUAACUGCUGUCCAUUAUGCAACAAAGAUUUAGUUUCAUUGCCUGCUCAGGUGAAUCCCAGGGUUCAGUGCGUAUGGCUGGCACCAGUGACUUAUCUAGUGGGGUGCAACAUUUCACAUAGAAAUGGAAUGUCUAGAAUGAAGAACAACAACAGGCCCAAUUCGUUGACAAAGGGGGCUUUCUUUUCUACACACUACAUUUUGUCUGAACUUGUCGUCACGCCCACCUCAGUCUGAGGGAGAGGUCCCUCUUUGGUUUAUGAGACAUUUGACACCACACUUAAUUGGUUUUAACACCCUGUCUAUUGCAGGUCACUCAUGUACAAAAUGUUCUAGUAAUGUAGUCUCGACAAUCUAUGUUAAAUGAAAAACCUGCAUCCUUUUUUUCUUUUUUUUUUCUUGUGUAAAAUGUUUUCUAGAUCUUAUUUUUCAAGUGUUAAUUUGUGCUGGUGACAGUUACUUAUUAUUGUUGUAUUAUGGAGCUUUUAUUUUUCUGGUAUUUUGUGGAGGAUAUUCAACCUUUUUUAAAAAAUUUAAUCGCCCUUAUAUACAUGAUAUGAAACUGGUUUCCUUUCUUGAAACAACUUGCUAAAAUUGCACGCUCAGUUAUUGUGAUAUAGCAAAUGCAAUGAAGGAGAAGACCAGUUAAAUGCUGCAAUAUUGAUUUUAAGAUGUGAAAAUAUUUAUGUGAGGGAACCUGAUGAGCAAUUAAAACGAAUUACAAAAUGUAAAUGCAUGGGAUUAUACGAAACGCUCAUGUUACAUACAACAUUAACAAAAUGCAUCACAAAUGAGUAAGACAACCUCGUAAAAAUGUAGCAUAAGUCAAA